AUUGUCACAAGAUUUCGGGAAUCACCAAACCUUCAGAUCAUUUUUGCAUUACAUGCGACGUUAUCCAUUCAGUCUAAGAUAAAAUUUAUGACUGCAGUGUAUAUGAAUGUACUUAUAUGAUCGUGGAUCUGACUAUAGCAUGUCAGCAUCAACUAAUAAGUUAUAUUAUUACCAUUGUUGGCAGUACUGAAACAAUGAAAGGUGUGGCAAGUUUACGAUAAAGAGAAUAUUUUUGAGAUUUAUAAAUAAACGAUUUGUGACAUAAAUUAUAUACACUGAUAACAUCAAACAAUCGGCAUGUCUGUUGAUAAACAAGAUUAUCAUCGUGCGUCAAACGCGGUGGUACUUGGUGGAGUAAUUACAUAUAUUGCAGGUUUAUUAUUGGUUAUGGCAUUUACUAGCCCCUAUUGGAUUGAAUCUUACCAAGAGACUUUCAGUAAUUUUAAACAUAUGGGACUAUGGGAAUAUUGUUUCGAACAGUUUAGAUAUCCAUAUUAUCAGUUUGACAAACAAUUUGAUGGAUGUCACCAUAUUUUCUCAGAAGAAUAUUAUGUGAUCAGAGAAUGGUUAUUGCCAGGGUGGUUAAUGGUUGUGCAGACAUUUGUUACUCUUUCUCUUUUACUCUCGUUCUUUGCGCAAGUUGUGAUUGCAUUGACCUUAGUCCGUUGGCCCUUAAAAUUUGUGUUGAAUUAUGAAUGGUUGCUUUCAGCUUUUGCUUUUGUGUGUUGUAUUACAGCAGGAACCCUAUUAUUUUUAGCAGUAUCAAUAUUUGGAGGGCAAUGUUGGCGCAGAGACUGGUUGAUGUACCCAAACUUUAACCAUUUAUCAUGGUCAUAUGGUUUGGCAGUUGUUUCGUUCAUGUUCCACUGGUUAGCUUCGAGUUUGUUGUAUCUAGAUGCAAAAGCUGGUUAUAGAUUGCGUAAGGAAUCUCGAAAUUUAGUGAUGCAAAUGCAGCCCAAUCUACAAAGUCAUCAAGGAUUAUCAAGGGGAGGAUAUAUAUAAUCGCCCGUUAUAUUGAUAGUAUCUAAAUAAGAUUUAUUUAUAGAAUAAGUUUCAAACUAUUUUUGGUAACGUUAAUAUUAAGUAAAUACUUGUAGAUCUGUUUUCAAACUUUUCUGUUUUAUAUGAUAUUGUUUUGUAAUUGAGUUUUCAGCGAUAGUAUUUAAUUCCGUCCAUUUUUUACAAGAACCUGUAGUUGUAGAUUAAGAGAACUAUUUUUACAUUUAUAUAUAUAUAUAUAUAUAUAUAUAUAAUUUUAAAAUAUGUUAGAUGUUACAAAUGUCUAGUAAUACAACAAAAUGACAGAUUAAAAAAUCACAAAAAAUAACGUACCUUCAUAACUAUUUUUUAUUGCACAGUUUUACAUAUUAAACGUUAGUGUCAUAUCAGAUUUUAUAUCAUAUAUAUGUUUUAAAAGUACAAUAAAUAUUUUAUGAGAUUAAUGUAUGAAUAAAGAAAAAUACCAAAAUGAAGCAAAAUCUUGUAAAAGUA